AUGAGUGAUCUGUUCAGGUCUAAUUGCGAGGAGUACAGUGGUUCCCGCGGUAAAAUGAAACUGAGUGGAAGAAAGUGGGAAUAUCCGAUACCGAAGUCGAAAGAGUAUUGGGAGAAAUUCUGCAACGACGAAGAACGCAAGUUGAUUAUAGUAAGGGAUCCUUUAGUCUAUUCGUCCUGUCGUUCCCUUCCUUACAAUAAAACUACGCUCAAUUUUGAUACACGCGCAAGCAACAAAGCGUCUAAUUUAAAUUCUUUUCGUGAUUCCUCUGUAGAUGGUUUUAAAGUGUCCGAAAGCUCUUUGCGUAAGUUGCCGCAUCCGGUGUCGCAAUUCAAAACGAGCAAGGAUAACCGCAGCGGAACAGAAUUAUUUCCAAAAACUUCCUUUACGUCGUGUAAUCUAGGAACACGGACUAAAGCUGCACGAAUUCCAAAGUUGGAUACCCUCAGACCUCAACCUAGUUUCCAAGGAAUUUUCCCUAGAAAUGUGGAUCGUAUUUGUGCUCCUGUCGGCGCUCAAAAUCAAUCCAAAACGCAGAGUCAAACGUUUCCUACCAGUUUUUCGGCUCUUCCGACUCUGACUACACGCUCUACAGCAUCAGUGUCUGAAUCAACGUUAAAAAAGACACGAAAGAGCAAAGAACCCGGAUCGAUCUAUUCGAAAAGCGCGUAUCCAAAAUUACCGAAAAGAAGAGUCUCUUCAGAAAUAAAGUCUGCUGCAAGGAAUAGGAAUUACCUUCCAAACGAAGUUGCGCCAUCGAAGGCCGAUCAAUCUAAGCGUACGGCAGACGAAGAUGGGAAGAAAGUUGGAAACUCUCCGAAAGAUCAGGAUUCAUCAGAGUACGCCAUUCGUUUCGCUCACAAAGCGUUGAAGCAUUUUAUGGCGAAUAGAUACUCGCCAGAAAAAUCGGUUUCGGUGGAUGCUGCAGUUCCAGGUGACGGAAGUGUAGGAUUGCUUAAACCCGAAGAGGUUGGGACGCCUACGAGAGAUGAUGAAGGAUCGUUGGAAAAGAAGUUGGAAAGAAAGACGCUUAAGAAUUCACAAUUUACAGGUACCGAUGUCGGACGAGCGACUUUGAAAUUGGACGAGACAACGCCGAGGACAAUUCCCUCGGCGUCGCGUUCUACAUCGGGAUCCAGCCUUGAAUUCGUACACGCCGAGCCCUGGAAAGGUCCUUCGAGUCGCGUCCUGGCAUCGAUCCCUAGGUUUUCUGGUUUCCCCAGAAAGAAUCGCGACAGGUGCACAGUGUGCAUGUACAAGCCCUUCGAAAUUCCGCAAAACAGAAAGACCUCUUUUCCUAUGACCACCUUGUACAGAACCAUCUUUCCACGGAACGCACGCGUCGCUUCGGAUACUUCUAGAGACGAUGGGUCUAGUUUUGCGAGCGUACAGGACUUGGAAGAUGAAACGAGAGUUUUAAAUGGUGAAAUUGAAACCAAAUGCGCGACGUUUGAUAGACAAGCGUCCAGCGGUUCUGAAAGUCUAAUCGCCGAGGAACCUUUCUCCUCGUCCCUAGAAAAGCGCGGAGAAAUGGUGGAAACGGUGGAGCGAAAGACUAUUGGGAAAGACAAAGAAGGUCGACGAUGCGAUGAUUCAAUUUCACUGUCAAAAAAUUUUAAGGACUCAACAAGUAGCACAGAAGUCGCAUCUCUGGAAAGACCAAAAGUUUCUUCGUUCCACAGCGAAAGUUCCGACGAAGAUGAUUCGCUCGCCGUUUCGGUGAGCGACGACCAAACAAAGUCGAAAUAUCUGGCUCCCUGUCAUGCUCCCGUAGUUUUCAGUCCCAGCUUGGAACCUCUGCGGGCCUUAAGGAACAGAAAACCAACGAGCCUGCAAGAUCGAAUUGCCAUGAUCGAAGCAUCGGCCAUGAAGAGGGCUUCUGUCGACGACCACGACGAUGAAAAACAUAUGUCCGUGCCUAAAAACCUUGCUGCUAAAGCGAGCAACGAGAAAAGAGGCGCUUCACCCGUUAGCAGAAUGUUAACGAAAUCGAAAUCCGUUCCAGAGAAGCUGUCUCUGGAAAACGUAGAGCUCGCAACGGAAAAUGAGGAACGCGGCCUCAGAAGAGGAGCCAGCAUCUCGAAUUUCACCGAAUCGAGAGAUACGAAAAAUGCUUCGCAAGAAUUGUACUCCCCUCGAGACAAUGGCUGCUCGAAAAUCAUCCCCGUGACAGAUUUCUCGGCAUCAGGAACAAAGCUGCCACUCACGCGAACAGAGGAGAUCGCAGAUUUGUUGGAGAAGCUGCCGGGAAGCGCGUCAUCGACGAGGAUGUUAGAAACCUUAUGCAAAGAGUUUUCGCAACGUCUCGCGAAACGCGUUGUAAACGCAGAUCCGAACGAGAAAAGGAGUAACAAAUUAGUCGCGUCGUUAACGAGGUUGCUAGUAGAUUCUAAGCUUUAUCUCUACCCCGACAAGUUCCCCUCCAACUUAGUUUUUUCCACGAACCAGCCUCCUCCCUGCAACCCUCGGCUCCUGAGACGAAUCCUGCCCCAAUACUCCUAUAAUCUCGUUGCGCCUUUCCUGGGAUUGCCAGAAUGGCAUGUACACAAGCAGAUCGCGUUCGAGGAUACGGAUGCGAGGAGUCAUAUCGGUCAGUCGCGCGGAGAAGAUGAUGACCACAGUUUAUCGUCUUUAGAGGUACAGCCACCGUCACCGAGAGACAUCGAAUCACUCAGCGGAGAGGAGGAAGUGGGUCAACGUAGAUACAAUCCUUACGCUCUAUUUCUGAAGAAACCAAGACGUAAGGUUAUUACUUGGCGGCCUUUAACAAAAUCCGAUCUCGAAGGCUACGAUCCGGACGCAACCCUUAAAAUGAGAGCCGACAAUAUAAUGACGACCAUUUGUCGGGACUUCUGUCAGUGGCUGGACACUUUAGGUGGGACGGAUAAGACUGUCGACGAGGAAGUUCUCAGGGACAUGUUUGAAAUUGAUUUCAACGCGGAAGCUUGUAGAGCGAUGCAGGUAUCGAUUCAAGAAAUGCCAGUGGUGCCCGCGGAUGUAGCUUUAACAAGAAACUCCCCCGGUGCGAGUAGACUCGCCAUGACAAGGAAACACGUCAUGAAAGAUGCGAAAGCCGAGCGAACACCCGCGAAAACAAAAGCUUUCGGAACAACUUUGCCUUGGGAACUUCAAUUUGUACCACCUUAUAAUCAGGUUCAAAAGAACUGGUUGGAAUGCGAGCACGUGCCAAAGGAUCUGGAAACGAUGGACGUGGUUUGGAAGGAUAUAGAGCAUCUGAAAAGCGUGAGAGGUUUCGUUGAAUGGCUUCAGCAGCACCCGAAGGUUCCACGACCAGAGGCUUUGAAAACAGUCGUAUCGAUGGACGUUAAAGCAUUAAGGCGGUCAGAGGAGGACGACACGUUCGCGCAUCUCGAAUUGGAUAUCUACGAAAUAAAGAGUCUAAGAGUGGCUGACGACGGUGGCAAGAACGCGUGAACGUUUACCACAACCGGUAUACUUCUUUACAUUUCGCGAUGUAACGUAUUUUGUCCGAUGUAAUUAUUCAUAUAUUUUCGCAUGAUUUUCACGUAUUAAACCAGUCCGUCGAAUAUACCCGUAUUAUUUCGAAG